AUGGAUGACAUUCAUAAUAAGAUAUUUGCCAUUGCUGCCAACUUCCCACCCAAUAAGUUGACAUACCCUACUAUAUCAACAUUCACCCCCUGCUUUAUCAGCAUCUUCUACUACCUCAAUAAUAUGGACCACCUCAUGACAUUCACAGACCGAUGGACCAAUAACUGCAUGGGCUGGGUACCUCCUUACUCUCAGAUCUACAUCUGCAUGCUUCUCUACAUUCAAACUAUGCGAGCCAUGCAAGCCUCCGGCUAUUUACUCCCCAGCCUCUCUUCCCUCCUCGGAGACUUCUGUCACCAAUUCCCUUUACAAAACCUCUGGAUCCCUGUGUUUCAUGCAACCACUCACCUUCCCAACCUUAACAUUUUCAUCUCUAGACUAAACUCUAUCUGUGCUGCGGCUACUCGUCCCAACGUGACGUUCCAGCUCUUCUCAAGUGAUGUCGACGGUCCAAGCUAUAUGGCUAAUUUAUUCAGACAACCUUGUGACCAAAGUGAUAAUGAACAUGCUAACCUCACCUCUCCUGGUGCGUGCUUGACCUACCCUGGAAGCUUAGAUUUGUGGCAAGAAGCUAACUUUCAACUCCCAUUUCUCAACAUUCCACAACCUCUCGACGUGAAUUCCACUGAAGUGAAUGAUAACUGGUCCUCUUUUCUCAGGCUCGCGGAAGACUCCUCCUGGUUUGGUUCGGUUGCUGCUAUGAUGGCUACGUAUUGCAUGUUCUGGAAAGGCUCCGUGCCUUUAUACGACUGUUCAGCUUCGAGUUCAGCCGCUGGUAGUGUACGUUGCACUGCUACAGAUACUAACGUGUUUGAUCCUCCAAAAUGGACCGCAGAGGCUGGAAACCAUAAUGCAACCCAACACGAUAACCCGCAUCAAGUUGGACAUUACUCUAUGCGUUGUGAUCUCUCUCUUGUUUUUAAUGCUGCUACCAGCUUAGACGACAUCUCUCUAAACCAGAUCAAUGCUGGUAACACGUAUAACAUAUAUUUGAGCCCUAAUGAUGAUGGACACGCUACCCUCCGUCGUGGAGUUUUUUGGAGCAUAUACCCCGAUGCUUUUACAAGGUCUGGAAUAGAGGUUUACCGUGCAGUCAUCCCCAUUAUAGCUCGAGAGUAUCACUCUUACUCUCGGAUCGAUUCCGACGAACUUUCGGAGACAUCGAUGCUGUAUCCUAGGACGUUUGGUUGA